GACGUGGCGCCGCGGAUGUCAAUCAUGUGGCCAGCCCCCGCCCCUCUUUGUGGCGUCACUCCGCCCACCUCCUCCGACGAGUGGCCGCGUGUGGCGCCUCCCAAUUGGCCGUCCCGCGCCACACCUGACCGGCCACGCCUGAUGCAUGUCGGGGAAUGUAGUCCUUCCUGCCGCGCUCCCAUUGCAUUCGAACAACGGAAAUACUGGGCCCGGCGGAACUACAGCCCCCGAAGGGCACCGCGCGGCGCAGCUGAGCUCGGCCAGGGAAGGGGUGGGCGAGCGCAUGCGCGGUCUCAGUCGCCUGACUGCGGAGUUGAAGAGAUGAGGUUGCUGCUGGUCUGGGUGUGUCUGGGCUUCUUCAUAGCUGCCAGUGGGGAUGAAGGUGCAAGGCUUUUGGCCUCCAAGUCCCUCCUGAAUAAAUACGCUGUGGAGGGUCGCGACCUCACUCUGCAAUACAACAUCUACAAUGUUGGCACCAGUGCUGCGUUAGAGGUGGAGCUCAGCGAUGAUUCUUUCCCACCGGAGGACUUUGGAAUCGUGUCGGGAAUGUUGACUGUGAAAUGGGACCGGAUCGCUCCAGCCAGCAACGUCACCCACACGGUGGUGCUCCGCCCCCUCAAAGCCGGUUACUUCAACUUCACCUCAGCAACCAUCUCCUACCUCGCCCAGGAAGGUGGGCAAGUGGUGGUGAGUGUCGCAAUCCGUGGCUGCAUACAGUCAAGUGGGACCCUACAGAAGCCCGAUGGGUUGAAUGGCCUGCUUUCACACUGUAGGCAUUCCAUGACGUUCGGGCAGGGGCACAAACUACACACCGUAGUGUUUUAUUCCUGGAUUCCGCCAUUGAAGUGUCCCCUUGUGUUGUUCCGGCAGUUGGACUGGGCAGCCUUUGGAGUCAUGACCCUGCCUUCCAUCGGAAUUCCCCUGUUGCUGUGGUACUCGAGCAAGCGGAAAUACGACACGGCCAAAACGAAAAAGAACUGAGCUUCAGGCACGGCAAUCAGGAAAGCGUCAUCUCUCUCCCCUCCUCCUCGGUCACUGGGACCACGAUGAUUUCAAUCCACCACCAACCACCUGGCUUUGUGGGGGGGGCGUUAAUUAAUUUAUGGUACAGAUUGUAAUUUAAAUUGGUGUCCCCGCCUGACCAGCCCGGUCGUCUGAGCCUUAGCCCUUCCAUAAUCUGCUUGUGCUCGAUCCUAAAGUGAUUGCUCCCCCCCCCCCCCCCCCCCUUUGUACCUUCUGUUGGAUUCAUAGAACUCUCGAUCUCAACAGGGAAUUCCCAGUGUCAACGUAUCACACUGCAAUUACGGCCUCCCAUCACUGGCGGGGCUGUGGCGCCUUAGGCUGGUGUCUCCCAGCUUUGUAUCCACACUUGCAGAGAUCCCCAUCUCGACCUCCCAAGGCUUCCUUUGUUGUAAAUCUACAGCAGAUUGCAACUCAUUUCUUUUCACUCUUAGCUCUGCCAUCCAGCUGUUGAUACGGUUCAAAAACAACCGAGGGUCUUUCCCCGAGAUGUUCAACCAAGGUUCCGAUGGCCGUUCUCGAACCUGCUCACAGAUGUGCAUCCUCCUUCAGUCUUUGAGAAAGGUUGACCUCUUAUUCUGUGGCACACAUCCCAUUCCUGCUGCUCCCCCUCCCCUCCUUCCCUCAUCCUCCUAGCACCGUCCUGUCCUGCUUUCAGGCGACUGGAGAAAUCAUUUGUCCGGACUCGGGACUGGGCUUUGCUUUGUUAUUUGGCUGCCAUCCCCCCCCCCCCCCAGUCUUAACUACGACUUGUGUUUUUCCUUUCGAUUUCAAAUCUGAAGGUGUCCUUUUCUUUUGAAAAAAUAAACGAGGAUUUUAAAUGUUGCUGGAAUAGUAGAGGUCCUCAUCAUCAGGACCAGCGCAACAAUGCUAAAUCUCAGGGGACCAACAGUUUAUAUUGCAAUUCUGUCCUGUCCUGCAAGAGAGAAUUAGCGCCAUGUAAAUUUUUGUCCCCUUUGAAAUUUGGCAUUCUUGUAGCUCAUCAGGACAGAAUUGCAAGAAUGUCAAAAUCUCAAAGGGGUCAAUUUAGACGGCGCUAAUUCUCUCGCAGCCUUCUCAAUUUCAUCAGGACAGAAUUGCAAGAAUAACACGUUACAAAGGGUGCAACAGGAGGCUCACUGUUUUUCAAUCAGUAUAAAUUGUUGUUCCCUUUGAGUUCUGGCAUUCUUGCGUCUGUCCUGAUGAGUGCAAGACGAAAAGCUUGACCAGCGCAUCACGUUAUGUUGCGCCAGUACCCCUAGUUAUGUUCCACUAAAUGACCAUUUGUAAAAAAAUAAGAGAGUCUUCCUGAACAAUGAGAGGGGGAUUGGAGAGCAACAGAUCACUUGGUCUUAUCCGUUGCUAGAAGCUGAUCGGUAAUUUCUCAGUUGUUAAAUCAUUGUGCCCCUCCACCGCCCUAUUAGUGCGACAGGUUUGUACGGACUUUUACACGUGGAGAGAAGGGUUUAUUUUUAAUAAACAAAACCUGAAACUGAAA